CCGUGCGCGGCCGGCGCGCGGCGACGCCCGGCCCCGAUGGACCCCCAGACCCCUGCCCAGGCGCCGACCCCCCGCUACUUCACCUGGGACGAGGUGGCGCAGCGCUCCGGGCGCGAGAAGGAGCGGUGGCUCGUGAUCGACCGGAAGGUGUACAACAUCAGCGAGUUCAGCCGCCGGCACCCGGGGGGCUCCCGGGUCAUCAGCCACUACGCGGGGCAGGAUGCUACGGAUCCCUUUGUGGCCUUCCACAUCAACAAGGGCCUGGUGAGGAAGUAUAUGAACUCUCUCCUGAUUGGAGAACUGUCUCCAGAGCAGCCCAGCUUCGAGCCCACAAAAAAUAAAGAGCUGAUCUCCGAGUUCCGGGAGCUGCAGGCCACCGUGGAGCGGAUGGGGCUCAUGAAGGCCAACCGUGUCUUCUUCCUGUUGUACCUGCUGCACAUCCUGCUGCUAGAUGUUGCCGCCUGGCUCACUCUUUGGGUCUUUGGGACAUCCUUUGUGCCUUUCCUACUGUGUGCGGUGCUGCUCAGCACGGCUCAGGCGCAGGCUGGCUGGCUGCAGCACGACUUUGGGCACCUGUCCGUCUUCAGCACCUCCACUUGGAACCACGUCUUCCAUCAUUUCGUGAUUGGCCAUCUGAAGGGGGCCCCUGCCAGUUGGUGGAACCACUUGCAUUUCCAGCACCACGCCAAGCCCAACUGUUUCCGCAAAGACCCAGACAUCAACAUGCACCCGUUCCUUUUUGCCUUGGGGAAGAUCCUCUCUGUGGAGCUUGGGAAACAGAAGAAAAAGUACAUGCCGUACAACCACCAGCACAAAUACUUUUUCCUGGUUGGGCCCCCAGCCUUGCUGCCUCUCUACUUCCAGUGGUAUAUUUUCUAUUUUGUUUUCCGGCGGAAGAAGUGGGUGGACUUGGCCUGGAUGAUCAGCUUCUACGCCCGCAUAUCUCUCACUUACAUGCCGUUGUUGGGACUGAAGGGCCUCCUGGUCCUUUUCUUCGUGGUCAGGUUUCUGGAGAGCAACUGGUUUGUGUGGGUCACACAGAUGAACCACAUCCCCAUGCACAUCGAUCACGACCAGAACAAGGACUGGGUCUCCACACAGCUCCAGGCGACCUGCAACGUCCACAAGUCUGCCUUCAAUGACUGGUUCAGCGGACAUCUCAACUUCCAGAUUGAGCACCAUCUUUUCCCCACGAUGCCUCGACACAAUUACCAUAAGGUGGCCCCCCUGGUGCGGUCCCUGUGUGCCAAGCAUGGCAUAGAGUACCAGUCCAAGCCCCUGUUCUCAGCCUUCGCCGACAUCGUCUACUCACUGAAGGAGUCUGGGCAGCUCUGGCUAGAUGCCUAUCUUCACCAGUAACGAGCACCACCCCUCCCCCCAUCCGGAAGGGGUGUUUCCGCCCCGGAGCAGAGGGGAGCUUCAGGGACAAAGCCACUAUAAUUCUAAUAUUCCGAGGGGGUGGGUUUGAGGAGGCAAAGGCGCUGACUCAGACCCCUCCCCUUUAUCUUCUGGGCACAGAUCUAAGACCCAGAGGGGUAGGGGACCGAGCGUGCCCUCUGGAAGGAGGAAUGGGGCAGAGAUGUGACUGUUUUUGUUUCCUUUUUCUAGUUUGGCUGAUACAGAUGGUUGGUGAGCCAAGAGGGAGGCAGAGGGUGUUUGGAAGGCUAGGGAGCGCACACUGAGCCCAGAGAUCAGGAAGAGAAUUAGCAUUAAAAUUCCAGCCAGGGGGCGCCUGGGGAGCUCAGUCGGUUAA